AUGGGCGUGAUCCAAGGCCUAGUGGCCGGUCUUUCAUCGGUCGCUGAUUCUCCUGCCGCGUUGUGUACCAUCGUGACGGCCGUCGGGUUCGUAUACUUCGUCGUGUUGGGAAUCUACCGCCUUACCCUCCACCCAUUGGCUCGAUUCCCGGGCCCCAAGCUCGCCGCCUUUACGUACUGGUACGAGACCUACUAUGAGGUUUUCAAAUCGCCUGGCGGUCAAUUCCUCUUCCAUUACCACCGCCUGCAUGACCAGUAUGGACCCAUCAUCCGCAUUAGCCCCGAUGAGAUCCACAUCCGAGACUCGUCCUUUUUCGAAGAGAUGUUCUCCAACUCCUUACCAUGGGAUAAACUAGAGCAUCUCCAGUAUCGCUUCAACAACUCAACCGGCACCUUCUCAACCCCCAAACAUGACGCCCAUCGACCCAGACGAGCCGCCCUGAACCCUUUUUUCUCCAAGCGAACAAUCGCCAACGCUACCCCAAUGAUGCAGGAGAAGCUCUACCAGCUCUGUGAUCGACUUCGAAGCGAAUACAAAGGGAGGGAGAAGAUCCUGCGUCUCGACUGGCUAUGGGGAUGCAUUGCUGCGGAUAUCAUUGUUCAGUACUGUUUCAACGAGGGCUACGGCUUCAUUGAUGCACCGGACUUUCGAUCUCCCUUCAUUCAGGCAAUGUUCGACUUGCUAGACGUUGUACAUGUGGUUGUUCAAUUUCCUUGGGUGGGCGCGAUUAUCAAUGCACUCCCUGAGAAACUGGUGGAAGCAGUACAGCCUGGGAUGAAGUCUGUUAAUCACUACAACAGGGAAAUGGCCUCUCAGAUCUCCCAGAUCAUUGCCCAGAAGGCAAACGGCACAACGAAAGAAUCACAGCGCAAAACUGUCUUCAACACCUUGCUAGACUCAGGUCUACCACCAGAAGAAACAAGCCUUUCACGACUGCAACACGAAGCUAUCACCGUCAUCGGCGCAGGGUUCGAAACUACACGGUACGCUCUAGCAGUCGCUAGUUACCACAUCCUCAGCACGCCGUCGAUAUACAACCGCCUGCGCGAGGAGCUCUUUACAGCGAUACCUGAUCCAAGCAACUUUCCCCCAUUAAGCGAACUAGAAAAGCUCCCAUACCUGACCGGAUGUCUCCAAGAAUGCAUCCGCCUCUCCUACGGCAUCGUGCAACGUUCGCCCCGCACAACCGGCAGAUUCCCCCUCGUCUACAAAACCUGGACCAUGCCUCCCGGAACCAUCAUCAGCAUGGACAACUACUCCGUGUCCCACGACGAAGAAAUUUUCCCCGACUCAUUCACCUUCAAGCCCGACCGCUGGCUCAACGAUCCCCUCGCUCCCGACGGCCGUAAACUCACCCGAUAUCUGGUCUCCUUCGGACGGGGAACCCGCUCCUGUUUAGGCAUUAACCUCGCCUAUGCGGAAAUGUACAUUUCGCUCGCGAACGUGUAUCGCAACUUCGAGUUUGAGUUGUUCGAAACGGGCCGUGAGUCGGUGGAUUGUUAUCGCGAUAUGUUCCUGCCGCAUGCGAAACCGGGGACGCAGGGAGUGCGGGUGAAGGUUUUGUGAGGAUCUACUCCGUAGUAAGUGGGAUAUGAGGGGAAUGGAUAUACAUCGCGACAUUUGUUUUGUUUUGUUCUAUAUAUAUGCGCAUCUUACUCCACCUCAUGCGAAAUUCGACCAGGAAUCAGAACAGCAAUGCCAUUCUCUAUAAUGUCAUCAGGAA